UGUAGACUUACUUGUGCAUUUCACCACACACUUUGUCCACAGACUGGACCUGUUUUCCAGUCACAAGUGUCAACAAAUCCAGGAAGAUGUCCAAAUUUAAGGUGUUUAUUUUACUGCUGUUUCUCACCGGGGUUAGUCUGUUCAUAAGAACCCACUUCAACUUAACUGUCUGGUUCCACUCUCUACAACAAAGCCCAUGUGCUUGUGAGAAGUGUUUAUCAGAAGAUAAGCUGUUGCUCAUGCAAAGUUUCAACAGUUCUGUGGACCCAUUUUUGUCUGUGAACUACAACCUGUCAGAGGAUGCCUUCAACUGGUGGAAGCACUUACAGAAUGAAAGGCGCAGCUUCAGCACCUAUAAAACAACAGUAGAGAGGCUGUUUCAGAUGUUCCCACCAACUCCAGAUCUAAGAGAACCCAGCCCUGACCGCUGCAGGACUUGUGCUGUGGUGGGAAAUUCUGUUAAUUUAAAGCGAUCACACUACGGGCCUCUGAUAGAUUUCCAUGAUGUCGUCAUAAGAAUGAACUUUGGUCGUAUCAACGGCUAUGAGGAAGAUGUUGGGACCAGAACAACUCAUCGUGUCAUGUAUCCAGAGAGUGCCGUGGAUUUAGACAACACCACUCAUCUUGUGCUGUUUCCAUUCAAGAUACAGGAUCUUGAGUGGCUCAUCAUGGCCUUCACAACAGGAUUUACUGGAAAAUCAUAUGCAGCAGUAAAAUCCAAGGUUCAAGCUAACAAGGAUUUGGUAAUGGUGGUCAAUCCAGCCUUCAUGAGGUAUGUUCAUGACAUCUGGCUGGAUAAAAAGGGCGGGUAUCCAUCCACUGGCUUUAUGGCUUUGGUUCUUGCGCUGCACAUCUGUGAUCAGGUCCGUGUGUUUGGUUUUGGUGCAGACAGUGAUGGAAACUGGAGCCAUUACUGGGAGAAGCUUGACGAUAAAAAGCUACAAACUGGAGUGCAUCCUGGACAGCAUGAGUAUGACAUUAUCCAGCAGUUGGCUGAGGAACAAAAACUCCAGUUUUUUACAGGGCAGUGAUCUUUCAUCAUUUAAAGUUAAAUAUACAACUCAUUCAACUGAGACUAUAGGAACUGAUUCUGUGAAAUGAACGAAUAUUACUGUCAAUCCUGUACAAAGAAAUACACAUGUGCUAAGCUGCUGCGCUAAAAAAAUUUCCAUGUGCUUUUAUUGUUUGUGUUGUUUCUCUCUAUUACAGAGAAAAAAAAUUCUUUUUAUUAUCUUCUUUAAUGCUUGUCCAGGUUGUUUUCUCCUGACUAGAUCUUUGCUUGUGUUGUAUCUACUCUCAGAUGUACGUUGCUUUGGAAAUCAGCGUCUGUAAAUGAAAUUAUAGAAUCAAUGUGUAAGUGAAAAUUUUUUAAAAACGGGAGGAGGUGGGGGUCAAGGUUCAUGGUUCAAGGGUUCUUUAUUGUACCAAAUGUUAAAAUUGUUGUGCAAAAAGGAACUGAGCGAUCCCAACAACAAAUUAAAUGACAAAACACCCAACAAACAUUCAUACCAGACAAAUGACAACAAAAAGCAUAAUUAAUCAGAAAAAGGGAAAGGGAAACUGCUCCUACAUAUCCUGAUCUACCUAAAAACAAUCUGCACAAGAUUGUUCACCUGGUGGACUUGCAGUUAAGCAUUAAAAUAGCUGAGGCUGCACCUAUAGCGUUUUGUCCGUCCCUUAGGGACCACAAACCGCCAGCCCGAACGAAGGAGCUGGAACUCCCCAUUCAGGGGAUGUGAGCAGCCUUUUAGAAUGGAGCUGGCUUUGUGCUGCAGCUGUGUGCCAUACAAGGCUGGCAUAGUGGGUUGAGGCUUCCCAAUUAACCGACCAGUCCACUUGAUAAUUUGGUUGAGGGAAUUUUUGUCCUGUAGAGACAAAUUUCCAAACCAGGUAACCAGGGCAAAGGAUAAUACCAACUGAAUAAAAGCAUAAUAAAGCAGGGUCAGCAUAGAUCUGUCAAUAUUAAAACGGGACAGGUUCCGCAAGUAAAAUAAACGCUGAUGUCCCUUCUUGCACAGCUCUUCACAAUUCCUGCUAAAACUCAGUUUGGCGUCAAUAACAGUCCCAAGGCAUUUGUAGCAAUCCACACGUUCAACAGGGUUGCAGUUUGGAGCCUGUUUUCUAAAAUCAGUGAACAUGUCCUUCGUCUUUGACGUGUUCUGCACCAAAAAGGAAAGGUCACACUAACUGAUGAAAUCCUGCAGGACUGGACCAUGGCUGGAUUCAUUAUUAUGCAGCAAACUGACAAUAACAGUGUCAUCUGCAAAUUUUAAAAUGUGUCUAUUUUCAUAAACACUUUUGCAUAUGUUUGUGUAAAGGAUAAAAAGUAAAGAGGAGAGAACACAUCCUUGAGGAGAGCCAGUGGAGGAACAUAGGGACUCUGAUAAAAUGUCAUUCACUUUGACUCUCUGUGUUCUUUCUGUUAAAAAAUCUAAAAUCCAACCCACCAAGUUAUGGCUCAAGUGAAAGUGCUCAAUGAGCCAUGUGGCUAAAAUGUGAGGUUGAAUGGAGUUAAAAGCGGAUGAAAAAUCAAUAAAAGUCAGUCUUGCGUGGGUUUUGUUCCCCUCUAGAUGUUUGAAUAAAAGGUUUAGCAGGUUCAA